CCUGGUGGAGAGGAAGCUGCUGCCUCCCUCGGGGAUUCUGCAUCAUAAUUAUAAAGGAAGCAGAACAGUCUGCUGUCUGUUAGAGCUGCACAGGCUGCGAGCUGGUCACACGCGUCCACUAAUAUGCAGAGAACAACCGGUCGUAACAUGGAAGAGGAGCGGUCUUUCUGACACUGUCUGGAAGAUUCAUCAGAGGAAGCGGUCAUGUCAGAGAAGAAACCACGAGGUUCGGACACACGUCCCAAGUCAGGCCUCCGCAGUUGGAGUGCAGACAGUUACGUUUGGCGAGGAAAGAAACGCUCGCGGAGUUCUCGCAACGGGUCGAGUCCCGGCGGGUUGGAGGCGGAGGGGACGGAGGAUCUGGGCGUGCGGUCAGGAUCUUGUCCGAGGCGGCGCAGGGAGAGAAAGUGCAGCUGCAGCGCUCUCGGGGAUGCGCUGACGUCUGCGGACAUGGAUGUAGUUUGUCGGAAGGCUUUGUCCCGGCGUUCUCUUCGGCAGAAGUUUCAGGACGCUGUGGGCCAGUGUUUGCCUCUUCGCUCCCAUCAUCACCACCACCACCAUCACCACCAUCCGUCAGGCUCCUCCAGACCCUUCUCAGUUCUUUUCUGGUCCAAACGCAAGAUCCACGUCUCAGAGCUCAUGCAGGAUAAGUGUCCUUUCUCUCCCAAAUCUGAACUGGCCCGAUGUUGGCACCUCAUUAAAAACAACACCACCCACUCAAAUGCCCUCAAAGACAUGGAGACCCCCCUCAGACCCAGCGUCUCCACCUCCUCUCCUUCCCCACCACACACCCCCCUCUCCUGGGAGGACAUCUGCUCUCCUGGGGCUGGAAACACCAGCUUGGAGGACUGGAACCCUUCUUGUCCUCAUGGUGGAGCAGAGGGCAGCUGUGGCCACACUGACUACAUCCUGGUCCCGGAUCUGCUGCAGAUCAACAACAGCUCGUGCUACUGGGGUGUGUUGAACCGCUUCGAGGCCGAGGAGCUCCUUGAGGGCAAACCCGAGGGGACGUUUCUGCUCCGAGACUCUGCCCAGGAUGAGGUCCUCUUCUCGGUCAGCUUUCGGCGCUACAGCCGCUCCCUACACGCACGAAUCGAGCAGAACGCCAAGCGCUUCAGCUUCGACGUGCGCGACCCGUGCAUGUACCGGGAUCCCAGUGUGACAGGACUUCUGAGACACUACAGCGACCCAGCCACCUGCCUCUUCUUUGAGCCGCUCCUAUCACGACCACUACCAAGGAGUUUCCCUUUCACCCUCCAGCACCUGUCCAGGGCUGUGAUCUGCAGCUGCACCACCUACCAGGGCAUAGACUGUCUGCCGCUGCCCCCUCAGCUCAGGGACUACCUCAGACAGUACCACAUUAAGUGUGACGGCGCCUGUGCUGUUUGACAGUUCAAAGCAGGCCUCACACCACGGAGGGCAAAGAUGCUACAAGGUUGGCAAAGAGGCGAAACAUUGCCAAUGAAUUCAAAGUUGGUUCACUGUUGCAAGAUGAAAAAUCAGAACUGAUCUUGAUGCAUCAAGAGAUGAAAAACAGAACUUAAAGAGACUCAUUAACCUUCUCUGUGGAUCUCAAUCCAAAAAGUGGAGAAGCAGAUGUUGAUGAAAUGUCUCUGAAACUGUGCUUCAGUUCUAAAGGAUGGUUUGAAAGCUGGGUCUGGACUUUCUGUAGCCGAUCUCACAUAAUGCACUCCUGAAAAUGUCAAGAUUUGAGGCGGGUAGCCCCUGAAAUCUUCUUGAGAUAGUGGUAGACUUUUGCUGUCAGACGGGAGGGGAGGUCUCAGGACGCAGGAAAAAGUGGAAAUGAUGGACGGAUCAAAAGAGUCUGACGCUUUGAUGACGAUUUAGAUCUUUUUUUUUUUUACAUCAGUGUUGAUUCCGCUGACUACCGAAUCAACAAAUGAGUGGGAAAGAACAUGCUGGUCCAAGAGAAAACAUAAUGAAGCAGUUUCAUUACACGCCUGGAGAUCGCAGCAGUUGUGUACCAGUUGCAGGAUGUGUCAUCGUCACCUCCUCCCGCUCGCUCGAGGGGAAUUUCCCUGAACAUUUCCAGCUGCGUUCACACAUCAGCUCAGCCCAACUUGACCCUGAAAUGAACUAGAGGGGUGGCAGGAAAAAGCCUUGUGAAUAUGGGAAAGCAGUAUGUGUGCGGCCAUGAGACAAGGACGCAACCGCUACAGCUGAUACAUGUAAUUACGUCAACAUGCUCAGAAACAUUUACCUUAGUGUCCUGAAUGGUGAACAGAUUCUCAAAAACACACAGACCUUACAAAGAUAGCAACCGUGACCUUUUUUUUGCAACUCGAGUGAUUUGAAGCUGGAGCAUUUUACCUCUGACUUCCGACCAAUCAGGGUUUAUUAUGUGAAAUAGAGUAUUGCUGCAAGAGGAAUUGCACCUUUCAGGUUACAUGGCAGAAACCAAAUGUCCUCUCAUGAACCCUUUUAUCAUAAAUGAACAAUUCUCAGCUGUUCUUGGUCAAAAGGUUGGCGGCACAGAGACUCAUCUUACACCUUAUUACACCUUUUUGCUCAUUAGGGUGAAGUGGUACGGAGAAGUCCUUUUCUACAUAUCGCAUAAAAUCAUUGGCGUCACCAUCAUCGCCUCCUUUUUAUUUGCAGCUCCCCUAUGCAAAUGUUGAGCACUUUAUUCUUGACUGCAUUCUUCUUUGCAGCCACAAGAUGGCAACACUACCGCACUGAUCAGACUUCUUCACUUGUCCAUCGUUACACCAUUCAGAUGCCUGUUUACGACCAGAUCUUUGCUGAAAGCUCCUCUGUUAAUUUGGUAUUUUAACAUCAAUUGUGCCUCUGCAGCUUUGAUGAUAACAGGUCACUAUUUUCAAAGUACUGUGAUCACUAUGUUUCACCCUCAAGGCACACAUUGUAUUCACCACCCUGACACACAAACCAAUAAAUGCCAUUUACAC